AUGCUGGCGAAACGUUUGGGAAUGUACCACGUCUACGGUCCGACUUUGGAAAUGAUUAUGCAUACAAUGGACUCAGGACAAGUACACCCUUUCUAUUUGCUCUUUCAGUCUGGGCCCAGUACAACGUCUAUUGUGAACUUCCCUCCUCCUCUCUCACCAAUUAUUCCAAAUUCAAACAUACCUAUUCCCUGUCCAGAAUCCCCUAUUUGUUCUACUACUCCUAACUCUUUUCGAUCAUUGCUCGGUGUCUCGGCUUCCCAACUGGCCGAUUUGAGUCCCUGGCAUGAUAGUAUUCAAGUCGGACAGACAAACGAGUCAUCACCUUGCAAAUCCAGCUCUGUGGACAUGGACCAGUCAUCCAAUAUCUGCUUAGAUGAUGACGAGCAGGAUAAUAAGGCUAGUGAUAUAAUUUCAAGCGAAUCUCAUGCAGGUAAGAAGAGGACAAGGAUCAUGGAUGAGUCUGAGGCAGGCAGGAUUAUGUCAACUCCAAGUCUACUGGCGCUCACUCCGGAGCAAUCUACUGCAGCAAGGAAGGAAAAUUCCGUCCUUGAAUUAUUUUAA